AUGAUAUUGAAAAAAUAAAUUAGUAAAUUUUUAGCAAAUUUAAAUUACUCAAGCUAAUAGCCCUUUUGUUAUUCACUGAAGAGAGUAGCAGGAGAAGAAAUUAUAGGUAUAGAUUUAGGAACUACCAAUUCAUGUGUAGCAGUAGUUUAAAAAAAUGGUCCUGUUGUAAUUGAAAAUUCUGAAGGUAAAAGAACUACGCCUUCUAUUGUUGCUCUUGAAAAAGAAGGUUUUUCUUUAGUAGGGUAGCCAGCUAAAAACUAAGCAGUUGUAAAUCCAGAAAAUACUUUUUACGCUACUAAGAGAUUGAUAGGUAAAAGAUUUGAUGAUAGAGAUGUUUAAAAAGAAAUGAAAUUAGUUAACUAUAAGAUUAUACCUUCAGAUAAAGGUGAUGCUUGGGUUUAAACUAAAGAAGGGAAAAAAUACUCUCCAAGUUAGAUUGCAGCAUUUGUUUUAAUGAAAAUGAAAGAUACUGCUGAAUAAUAUGUAGGAAAGGAAUUAAAAAAUGCAGUUAUCACAGUUCCUGCUUAUUUUAAUGAUUAAUAAAGAUAGGCUACUAAAGAUGCUGGAACUAUUGCAGGGCUUUAGGUUUUGAGAAUUAUUAAUGAACCAACAGCAGCUGCAUUGUCGUACGGUGCAAAUAAAAAUUAAAACAAAAUUAUAGCAGUUUAUGAUUUAGGUGGUGGUACAUUUGAUAUUUCGAUCGUUUAGCUUGAUAAUGGUGUUUUCGAAGUAAAAGCCACUAAUGGAGAUACUAGUUGUGGUGGUGAAGAUAUUGAUGGAAUGCUUUAGAGCUUUUUAAUUAAAUAAUUUAAAGAAUCAUCCAAUAUUGAUAUAACAUCUGAUAAGAUGGCUUGCUAAAGAAUCAGAGAAGCUGCUGAAAAAGCUAAAAUUGAUCUCAGCUAAUCAGAUUCUACCGAAAUUAACUUGCCUUAUUUAUUCAAUACUCCAGCAGGUCCUAAGCAUUUCAGAUACUAAUUGACUAGGAAAUAGUUUGAGUAAUUAGUUGGGUCAUUUUUAGAUAAGACAAUAGAUUCAUGUAGAUAAUGCCUAAAAGAUUCUGGCUUGACUAUUAAUUAAAUUGAUGAAGUACUUUUAGUUGGUGGUUCAUCCAGAAUUCCAUAUGUCUAAAAGUUGGUUUAGGACUUUUUUUAGAAGUAACCAAAUAAAUCAGUCAAUCCUGAUGAAGCAGUAGCUCUUGGUGCUGCUAUUUAAGGAAGUGUUCUUAGCGGUAAUAUGAAAGAUUUAAUUUUACUAGAUGUCACUCCUCUUAGCUUGGGAAAAAGUAUAAUUGGAGAUAUGAUGAGUGUAAUUAUUCCUCGUAAUACUCCUGUUCCAUGCUCAAAGACAAAAACCUAUACAACAACAAAAGACAAUCAAACAAAAAUUGACAUUAUUAUUUAUUAAGGUGAAAGAGAAGUUGCCUCUAAAAAUAAGGAGCUUGGAAGAUUUAUGCUUGAUUAAAUUCCUAUGGCAAGAAAAGGAGUUCCUAAGAUAGAUGUAACUUUCAGCUUAGACUCAAAUGGUAUUUUAAAUGUUUUAGCAAAAGAAAUUGGAACUGGAAAAACUAAAAAAAUAACUAUCUAACAUCAAGGAGGUCUAUCAUCUUUUGAAAUAGAAUAGAUGAUUAAAGACGCUUAAAACCAUAAAAGAUAUGAUGAAAAAAGAAAGAAAUUGACAAAAUUGAGACACGAAUCUGAAGACUUAGUAUAAUAAAUAUCGAAAGAAUUAGAAACGCAUAAAAGUUCAUUAGAUAAGCAGGUUUAUACAGAGAUUAGUUAAGAGGUAUCUAAGCUCAGAGAAUUAAUUUCAAAGAAAUUAGCUUUUGAAGAUAUAAAAUUGAUAGAACCCCAAUUAAAAAUUACUAAAGAAGCAGGUUUUAAAAUAGGUGAAUCAAUAUAUGCAAAGCACUAAAGAAAAUAACAAUCUAAGGAAGAUUGA